UAGUUGGUUCCUCUCGCUCGUUACAAAUUCACGUGCGAGGUUUCUCGCAUUCUGGACAGAAACGGCAAGUCGUCAGCACGUACCACGGAAUUCGAGUGAAUUUGUGCCUGUUUGGAAAUUUCUAUUUUAAUUUUCAAUAUUUUGUCCGGUGACGUUAUACCUUUAUACCAUACGUACAUAUUUUAUAUCUCGGUCGGAAAUUCCCACUGCAAUGACAUAAAACUACAAGAAGUUAUACCUUUGCUUUUACCUAAAGAGUGUUAACGCAUCCGGUAGAUACCCUAUCUAUCUGUUCAAUUUUAAAUGUGUAAAAAUACAUUGUGAGUGAAUAAAAGAAUAUCUCUUUUACCAAAUUUUUGGAGAUAUAAUUCUAUAAGGAAAAAAAGUUAUAUACCUUUCUUCUUAGCCAAUAAUUGUGAAUAAAUUGUUAAGAAAAGUGCAAAUAAAGCCGAACAUAAAACAAGCGGAUUAUUAAAAUUUUUAUUAUCAAAAGGAUAAAUACAAGAAAAACGUAAAAAAAAUAAAUCUGCAUCAACAAUAAUAUUUCACACAGUAACAGAAACCGAGAUACAUUCAAUUUUACAGCGAGAUACAUCGUCAUCGUGAAAUCAGAGCACAGAUAACCUCCCUAUCUCUACACCUACCUAUAAUUUAUAUACACAGCGUUAACGCCGGAAGUCUGCUGCUGGCUGCAAAUUCAAAAUAGCAACGCCGCCGCCCGCCAUCAUCACCAACAACGGUAUCAACAACAUCAACGACAACGAACGCCAACGACAACGACAGCUUCAGCGACGACAACAACACCACAUAUAGCGCGCCAGCCGCCAGCCACAAAACGUUCGCCGGAAGUCCUUCAAAAAUACAAAAAUAAUUUCUUUUUUGUUGUUAUUUUUGUCUGAUUUCUUUCGCUUUUCGUUCUCGUUUUCGACACAAAAAUAUAAAAUAAAGAAACAACAGAGAAGAGUGCAGCAGCGGUUUUAAAUUUUUUGAAAUUUUUCAAAAAACACAAUUGCUCAACCGAAAACCAACAAAAUGCAGGUAGAGUCAAGUUUCACAAAAUAUGCUGGUCGAGUGCCACCACUUGAUCUAUCCAACGUUAAUAGCUGCCGCAAUGAAAAUGACCUCCACAUAUGGAAUAAGUCAGCACCUGGUGGUGGCAAUUCAGUUAAUGGCAAAAAACACCAAUCGUACCCCAUCAGCCAUCACCAGCAUCAUCAUCACAUUAGCCGGCAAGAAGUUCAAUUUGGCACCGAUGGCCUACCUAUUGAUCCCAGAGAUUGGUCACGAGCGGAUGUCUGGAAAUGGCUUAUCAAUAUGGCUGUUUCCGAAGGUCUCGAAGUAACCCCUGAACUGGCACAAAAAUUCCCCAUGAAUGGCAAGGCGUUGUGCCUAAUGAGUCUGGAUAUGUAUCUAAGUCGAGUUCCUGUAGGUGGUAAAAUGCUGUAUCGUGAUUUUAGAGUGCGAUUAGCACGAGCGAUGGCAGUGCUAUCAUAACUUAAUAAAACUAUAAUAUAUUAGGGUUAAUAAUGGUUAUACUUGUAUGUAGUUAGAUAAUAUAUUAUAUUCAUUUGUAUAGAUUUAUAAAUGAAAACAAUUAUUUGUAAUUAAUGUAUUUAUAUAACUUUUUUUAGUUAAAACAAAAAAAUUAAAUAUUGUGUAGAAUGUGUAUUAAUUAAUGUGAA